AAAAGGUUGGCGAGGCGCUUUAUUUAGGGGAAAGGUCGCAGUUGGCCCAUCUUUCACCGUGGACUCACUGAUAGAGUGCCACAUCAAGAAAUCGAUCUGAAAGGUUUAACCAGGCAGUGGCGGAUUGUUGAACCAACAUGGCACUUCUCAGAGGCGUAUUUGUUGUAGCAGCCAAGCGCACUCCAUUUGGUACCUAUGGUGGUGUGUUAAAGGAUCACAGUGCAACAGACCUGGCUGAGCAUGCAGCCAAGGCUGCCCUUGCUGCAGGGGGCGUGGCCCCAGAGAUGGUUAACAGCGUCAUUAUGGGAAAUGUCAUGCAGAGCUCAGCUGAUGCUCCAUACAUUGCUCGUCAUGUUGGUUUGAGGUGCGGCGUUCCCAUCCCUGUGCCUGCCCUCACUGUGAACAGACUCUGUGGUUCUGGUUUUCAGUCCAUCAUCAGUGGUGCACAUGAGAUUUGUCUGAAGGAGUCAGAGGUGGUCCUGUGUGGAGGUUCGGAGAGCAUGAGCCAAGCUCCGUACGCUGUCCGCAACAUCCGCUUUGGUACAAAGUUUGGAGUUGAUCUUAAGCUAGAGGAUACUUUGUGGGCAGGUCUGACUGAUCUGCACAUCAAGAUCCCGAUGGGCAUCACAGCUGAAAACCUGGCAGAGAAAUACCAGAUUACACGAGAAGACUGUGACAACUAUGCAUACCAGACUCAACAAAGGUGGAAGGCAGCUCAUGAGGGUGGCCACUUUACAGCUGAAAUAGCUCCCAUUGACGUGAAAGCUAAGAAAGGCAAAGUGCCCAUGGUUCAGGAUGAACACCCUCGACCUCAGACCACACCAGAACAAAUGGCCAAACUGCCUCCUGUCUUCAAGAAGGGAGGGACCGUCACCGCUGCCAACGCUUCGGGUGUCUCUGAUGGUGCUGCUGCUGUGGUGAUCGCAAGUGAGGAUGCGCUGAAAGAACACAAGCUCACUCCGCUGGCCAGAAUCGUGGCCUAUCAUGUGUCAGGCUGUGACCCAAGCAUUAUGGGAAUUGGCCCAGUUCCAGCAAUUACAGAAGCUCUCAAAAAAGCCGGCCUGUCUCUCAAAGACAUGGAUCUUGUGGAGGUGAAUGAGGCCUUUGCUCCUCAGUACCUGUCUGUUGCCAAGGCUCUUGGACUGGACCCAGAGAAAAGCAAUGUUAACGGGGGAGCUAUCGCCGUCGGACAUCCUCUCGGUGCCUCUGGAACACGCAUCACUGCUCACCUAGUGCAUGAGCUCAGGCGACGGGGAGGCAAGUACGCCGUUGGGUCUGCCUGCAUUGGUGGAGGUCAAGGCAUUGCAAUCAUCCUGGAAAACUGCUGAUGGACAAAGCUGUCAUUUGAAGAUGGAUUACAUUACAAUAUUGUCCUGCACACACACCGUCCACACCUGUGAAAUCUAACACAGUUGAUACACUCUCAAAAGAUUGUUUUAUUGACAUAUAAUGUAUGUAAAUCCCUUUUUUGCUGCUUACUCAGUUUGUCACUUGAGUUGAUUUGUAGAAAAUCUACUGAUGCCUGCAAGAUAAGGAACUAACUGAUCUACCCCAGUGGUGUAGGAGUCUGUUAUGUGCCUAAAAUACAGUACUGGGUCUUUGGUAAAUUUAACAUGUGUAGUAUACCAUUAAAAUGAACUGUUUGCCUUAAAAUGCUCUUGAUCGCUCCAUUUUCAGGUGUUGGUGUUAUCUGCGCCUGCAGCACUCGAAACAAAGGAUUUUGUACAUGUGUCAAAGAAUCCAAAUUAAAAUUUUCAUACAAAUCAAAAUAA